AUGGACGCUAGACCAUCCCACACAUUUACUUACUUGUCCCAGGGCCCGUCACAAAAAGACUUUUUCCAGCAAGAGUUUGACAUAUCCCAUCAACACUUAUCCCAAAACUCGCAGACUUCCACUGGCCCCCCCUCUACUACAGAGCAUAGAGUUUCCGGGCAAAGCGCAAUCACCCUUACGGAACACUCCGAACCACCUCAUCAAGCUGCCUUUUCUCAUCAUACGCAAGCCCUAUCGACAGUCCCAGACGGGCCGACCCGUGGCGCCCACGAUCUCCGCCUUGUCGGUUCCUGGGCCGACCCAAAUCCCGAUACCCUCCUCAUCGAGAAUGACCCUAUUCUCUCUCCGAUACGCCGUGCUGGUGCCGCUGUCGACUAUACGAAAAACGAAACUGGAACGACUGAUCACGACGGACGUGAAAAUCCCGAGGAGGCCGUGGGAAUCCUCCGAACGAGUCUACACCGCGAGCAAUCAAACUCUACUUGA